UUGGUCAGUUGCAUUGAUAACCCACUUCGCAUUGAAAUCAACUUGACCCACUAACACGUUAGCAAAAUAUUCCUCGGACCGAUUCGGCUGCCUUCUGUGGUUACACACGACAAUCGUUCGUCUGAUCAUUCCAUAAAUAAGUAGUCUAGAGCUCACUCUCAAUAAGUUUGCUUGUAUUACUACGCUCGCCUCACUGUUCAUGGUUUAGUGUGCUGCCAGACUUGUCGCCGGCAGCCUUGCCAUAUGAACGUGCCACCACGAGUUGGCAGCCCUUAAAACUCCAGCAAUAUUUUGCAUCCGUGCAAUGUAUUUCGGUGUUUUUACCAAUAACAAACUAACGCUAGUUAUGUGUGCAAAAUGUUAAUUGUUUUGGUAGUGAUUGCCAUACUGAGCCAAUGCACAGCCACGUCUACGAUACACAUGCCAGUGACGACUCAGGACAUAAUUGCAGGUGACGUGUUCUUUGAAAUCAUUUCGCCGCAAGAUCUGGAAUAUACCUACCGAUUGCGUCCGGCCAAGGACUUUGGCGUGUCCUUCACACAAAAGCUGGAGGGUGUGCCCAUGGUGCUGGCCGAUCCGCCCGAAGCUUGCCAGAAACUACGCAAUGCCCGCGAGAUGCAGGGCAGCAUUGCGCUCAUGGACAGGGGCGAAUGCUCGUUUCUUACCAAAACGCUACACGCCGAGGCCGCCGGUGCCGUUGGCGCUAUUAUCACCGAAUACAAUUCAAAAUCGCCCGAGUUCGAGCACUAUAUUGAGAUGAUACACGAUAAGACGAAUCGGGAUGCACAAAUACCGGCUGGCUUUCUGCUGGGUAAGAAUGGCAUCAUCAUACGCAGCACACUACAACGGCUGAAGCGUGUCCAUGCGCUAAUAAAUAUACCUGUGAACUUGACCUUUACCCCGCCAUCGAAAAUCAAUCAUCCGCCCUGGCUUGGCUGGUGAGUCCAGAAUGAAGACAGCGCACAGGUUCAGGAUGCGCCUAACAAAAAUACGAAACCAAAGUGCAUACUUAGUCAGCGCGCGCUUCACAUGAACUUUAAGCGUAGUUCCGUAUUAUGUUUAUGUAUAUAUAUAUAUACAUAUGUAUGCAUAUAUUUAUCUAGGCUGCAAACCCUUUAAAUUAUUAGUAUUUCCAAAUUUACCCUGUGAACGUUAACGGGGCUAUAAAGAUUGUAUCAUAUGCAUUUAAAAACAAUGCUUUAUUUUGGAACAACAACAUGAUUUACCUGUAAUACUAUUUCUAUGUCUAUAGAAAUUCUAAAUAAGAUUUGUUACCAACAUGUUAAGUACGUACAUUAAAAUUUUGCCAAUUAAAGCUAAUUCCUUGCCAAGAUUAUAAAAAGCAAUAUAAGCCAAAAGGUUAUGAUUUGUUAUUAAAUUAAUAUAACUAUUUUAUUAUUCACUAUAAUAUGUAUUUUAAAUUUACAAACAUGCACAGCUAAAAUGAUUGUAUUCCAUUUCUUCAACAUUUACAAAUGAAUAUAUUUUCAAUAUAUUUAAAUAUUAUAUUUUUGAAAUCCUCUUCGAAACAAUGGUUUGCAGCCUUCUUAAUUAUACUUGACUAAGCAAAAAAACAAAAAGAAAAACUGAAACUGAACUGAAUUUAAGUAGCUAAAUUGUAAACAAAAGCAAUCCCCUAACAAAAAUAGAUCCAAGCGUAAUUUGUAAAUAAAAUUGCUAAGCAAAAGACAGUUGGUAAAGAAUUGUAAGUUAAACCAAA